AUGGCGACCACGCAGGCCGCGAUGCUGCGAGCCAAGCUGUUUGGUGGGGCCACCACCGGCUCGGGCCUGUCCAGCAGCGUGUCAGCGGGCCAGCACACCUCCGAGGCGCUGCGCCAGGCCACGGACAAGCUCGCGAGGGAGCAGAUUCAGUCGGAGGCGAGCGUGGCCCUGUACCGGGCCAAGCUGGGAGAGGCGCAGGGGGCCGUGAAGAGGCUGGAGGAGGCGUACGUGUCCCAGAUCCAGGCCAACGCCAAGCUGCAAGCUAAGGUCAAGAGCGACUACGGCCUGCUGUCGCAGCUGAGCGCGGCCGUGACCAAGGCCCAGGGGCAGUACCAGAGCCUGCAGCUGGCACACGACCAGCUGGCAGUGCAGCUGCAGAAGGCAGAGGCGGAGCGCACCGCUCUGGCGAACGCCAUGACCACCCGGGCCGAGGCGCUGGCGGCGCUGGAAGGCAGGUGCCAGCAGAGCUGGGAGCACGGCAAGGGCCUGCAGGGCAGGCUUGACGAGGCGGCGGCGGCAAACGAAGCGCUGGCGGCUGACUUGGAGCGAUCGCAGGCCGACCUGGAGGAUAAGGCCAAGGUGCAGGCCGAGGCGGAGCAGCGCGCCGCCCAGCUGGCUGCCGACCUGGCGACGGCGCAGCGGGAGCGUGAGGGCCUGCAGGAGCGCCUGGCGACCAGCACCGCGCAGGUGGACCAGCUGAGCCGGGAGCUGUCGGGCACGAGCACCCGCCUGGCCGACACCGAGAGCGCCAAGGCCGCCCUGGAGGCGGCGGUCCAGGAGCGCGAGAGGGAGGCGCGGCAGCUGGCGGCAGACCUGGCCAGCGCGUGGGAGGUCGCCAAGCAGGCAGAGGCGCAGCAUGCCGCCGCGCUGCGGGCCAAGAGCGGGGAGCUGGAGGAUCUGGCCACGCAGCACGCCUCGGAGCUGGAGGGCAAGGCGGCUGAGCUGGCCGCCAUCGCCGCCGCCAAGGAGGGUCUGGAGGGCGAGCUGGCGGGCAGGGCUGAGGCCCUGGGCGAGCUCAGGGCGCAGCUGGCGCAGCUGCGAGAGGAGGCGGAGGCCGUGGAGGCCACCCAGGCCGGCAAGCUGGAGGAGCUGUCCACUCAGCUGCAGGCCGCCUCGGUGCAGCACAGCAAGGAGAUGCGGGCGCUGGCGGACAGGCACCGGCGGGAGCAGGAGCAGGAGACGGAGCGCACCGCCCAGAAGCUGGGCAGCACCAUGCAGGAGAUGAACAGGGUGAGGGUGGAGCUGGAGAAGGAGAAGAAGGAGGCGGAGGGGGCGCGCGCGGCGGCAGACGAGAUGGGAACCACCCAGACGGCGAUUCAGGGGCGGUUUGCCCAGGAGAGGGUGGCGCUGGAGGCGCGGCUGGAGGAGCAGAGGCGGGAGGUGGAGGAGGAGCGGCGCAAGGCAGAGGCGGCAACGGCAGCUGCCGCCGAGCGGGAGCACGCCGCCGACCAGGCGCUGGCCGCUGCGGAGAGCAGGGGCAAGGCAGCGCAGGAGCUGGCUGCCCAGCGUGCCGGCAAGGUGGAGGAGCUGGCGGCGGAGGUCAAGGCCAGGCAGGAGGCGCUGGACAGGCUGGACCGGGAGAAUGGCGCCAACCUGCUCAAGCUGGACAGCCUGAAUGACAGCCUGCGCAGGUGCGAGGAGAAGCUGGCGGCUGCAGAGGCGCAGCACGCGCAGCUCAGCAAGGCGCUCAGUGGCAAGGAGCAGGUGCUGGCCAAGCGGGAGGCUGAGCUGGCGGGGGCGGAGCAGCGCAUCGAGGCGCUGGAGGAGGAUCUGACGCAGAAGACAAACAUGCUCAAGGGCAUCUCACAGGUGGCGGCCCACGUGGCGGGCGGCGGCGGCGAGGCGGCGGCCCCUCCCCCGGCUGCCACCCAGGUCGACGGCAGGGGCAGGGCACCGCCAGGCGGGGCGCACCGCUCUACGGCGAAACCGGCUGGCGGCCGCGCCACAAAGAAGGUGUCCAUCCGGGAGCCGGGUGACCUGACUGCCACCAGCGAGGACGAGGAGUCGAGUGAGGAGGAGGAGGAGGAGGCCAACCCGCACCGCGCGCUGGUGCCCGCCAACGGCAAGAGGCAGCAGGAGCGCCGCUCGCGCAUGCACCCCAGCCAGCGCCCCACCAGCCAGCGCCCCGCCAGCCAGCCCCAGGCCCCGCAGCCGCCCUCCCGCCCCAUCAUCACAGAGGUGGACAGCGGGGACGAGGCGGGGCGGGAGCAGGAGGAGGAGGAGGCGCCGGCAGAGCGGCGGCGCGAGCGCCGGGCUGCGCCCCAGCCGGUGGCGCCUGCUGAGCCAGAGGAGGAGGAGGACGAGGGGCGGGCUCGCGGGCGCAAGCGCAGCGGGCGCGCCGCCUCCAGCAGGCAGACGGCGGGCUCCAAGAAGCCGCGGGGCGGCUCCGCGCUCAGCGGCAUGCGCGGCCUGUUCAGCAUGCAGCCCUGCCCUGCCCUGACCUUCCUGUGCUGCCUUGGCUGCAUACGCAUCUGCCUGCAGACUGCCAGCCAGGGCGUGAGCACGGGGGCCAACACCAAGGGCGCCAAGAGCAAGGCCACCGCCACAUCGGGGCACCGCAAGCAGAUGGGCGGCAGCGGGGCUGCCAAGAGCAAGAAGAAGCCGGCGGCGGCGGCGGGGGCGGCCAUGAACCUGUUUGGCAACGAGAUCUUUGGCGCCUUUGGCGGCUACGGCGGCGGCUUUGGCUUUGACGAUGUCAGCCCCUGA